CUUUAAUUAAUCUGCAGCUGCAUUGGACGACAUGAGUUUUAAGAAUAAAGUAGUGUUGAUCACCGGUGGAGGGGCCGGCAUCGGUGCGGCAACAGCAGAAGAAUUCGCUAAGGAAGGCGCCAAUGUUGCCAUAGUAGCUCGAACCGAAGUUAAUCUCAAUGAAGUCGCUCAAAAAUGCGAGAAACAUGGAGUCAAAGUGCUAACAAUUACAGCAGACGUAUCAAAAGAAAAUGAAGUGAACACAAUCGUUCAAAAAACAAUUGACAAAUUUGGGCAAUUGGAUGUCCUCAUUAAUAACGCUGCUAUGUAUGUGAGUCUUCCAAUCACGAGUCCCGACACUCUCCCAACUUACCACAAGGUUUUAGCCACCAACCUGCAACCAGUGGUCCAGCUGACAAAUCUCGCGGCUCCUUACUUGGCGAAGACUAAAGGCAACAUCAUCAACAUAUCUAGCGUACUCGGCAAGUCUUGUCUCCAAUAUCCUAAGUUCACACUUUACGGUAUGUCGAAGGCUGCCCUGGAUUAUUUCAGCAAAGGGUCGGCGUUGGAACUGGCGCCUUCUGGUAUCAGGGUGAAUGUUGUCUCUCCUGGGCCAGUAAACACUGCUAUGUUGGCGGGGGCAGGAGGAUCAAACAGGACAAAUGAUGAUAACCUGAAUUUAACUAUUUUGAACAGAAUAUCGGAACCUGUCGAAGUAGCUGAUCUCAUCCUGUUCCUAGCGAGUGAUAAGGCGAAGGGUAUUACAGGUGCUUAUUAUAAUAUUGAUAAUGGUACUUUAGUCAAAUUUUGAGUAAAUAAUGUUUCAAGUUUUAUUUGAUUAAGAUUUUUUUUACCAUGUAAAUGCUUAAAAGUGUUGUCUAUUUAAAAUGAUGAAUUGAUAUUCCAAAAUUAUACUGUUGUAAAAAACUAUACUAGUUCAAAUAUAUCUUUGCGACGAAA